UAAACAAGGUUGCCACUGUAAUUUUCUUUCACCUCGGAAAAAAAAUGCUUCCAUUUCUCCGUCUCACCCGUUCUUCCAUCCGACUCAUCUCCGCUGGCGGAGUCUCCGUCUUCCGCCGCCGCCACUCUCCCCUUACUCCUCCCACCACCGCCGCAGCCGCCGCAAUAGCAGGCCACCGCCACGGCGGCCAUGUUCGGCACAACUGCGACGGCCCGACCUCGGGAGAUCACCGCCACUACAUUAGGGCGGAGGUGAACUGCCCUCGCUGCUCGAAGAAAAUGGCGGUCCUCUUCUCGAACCGCCCGCUUUCGAUCACGGCCAAGGAGGUGGGGAUUUAUCAGGCGGUGAAUCUCUGCCCUAACUGCAAGACCGCCUUCUAUUUUAGGCCCUUCAAGCUCGAGCCUUUGAAGGGGAGCUUCAUCGAGAUCGGGAGGGCCAAGGGUGGGAAAGAGACGGCGGCGGAUGGCGGCGAUCGGUGUCGGAGUGGAGGCGCGGAGGAAACGACGUCGUUGGAGGUGGAGGAAGGGGGUAAUGGCGGUGGAAGAUCGGUGAGGGAUUUGGAUUUGCCGACGCCGAAGGAGAUUUGCAAGACGCUUGAUGAGUUCGUUGUCGGACAAGAGAGAGCCAAAAAGGUGCUUUCUGUUGCAGUUUACAAUCAUUACAAGAGAUUAUAUUAUGCAUCUGAGCUGCAACGAUAUGGUGUACAAUCUGGUAAAUGUAAAGAUGAUAAUGACGACAUUGAUUUUGUUGAAUUGGAUAAGAGCAACAUAUUGUUGAUGGGCCCCACUGGUUCAGGGAAGACCUUACUUGCAAAAACACUGGCCCGCGUUGUUAAUGUGCCGUUUGCCAUUGCCGAUGCAACAACAUUAACACAGGCUGGCUAUGUCGGAGAGGAUGUUGAAUCAAUUUUGUACAAACUACUUGUGGAAGCCGAUUUCAAUGUGGAAGCAGCUCAGAGAGGGAUUGUUUACAUUGACGAAGUUGAUAAGAUAACUAAGAAGGGCGAGAGCAUUAACAUUGGCAGGGAUGUAUCUGGAGAGGGUGUUCAACAGGCACUGCUAAAAAUGUUGGAAGGAACUGUGGUGAAUGUUCCUGAUAAAGGAGCUCGGAAGCAUCCCCGAGGUGAUACCAUUCAGAUCGAUACCAAGAAUAUCCUAUUCAUAUGUGGGGGUGCAUUCAUUAAUUUGGAGAAGACUAUUUCUGAAAGAAGGCAAGAUUCUUCUAUUGGUUUUGGAGCACCAGUUCGGAUGAACAUGCAGAGCAAUAGAGUGACUGAUGCUUUAGUGACAUCAUCGCUGUUGGAAUCUGUAGAAAGUGGGGACCUUAUUGCAUACGGCAUGAUACCCGAGUUUGUUGGACGACUUCCAAUUUUAGUUUGCUUGUCAGCAUUAAACGAGGACCAACUCGUUCAGGUCCUCACACAACCAAAAAAUGCUCUCGGCAAGCAAUACAAGAAGAUGUUUAGUCUGAACAAUGUCAAGUUACAUGUGACUGAGAAUGCUUUGAGAUUGAUUGCAAAGAAAGCAAUGGCAAAGAACACUGGUGCUCGAGGAUUAAGAUCCAUAUUAGAAAACGUUCUUAUGGAGGCAAUGUUUGAGGUUCCAGACUCCAAGAAAGGCAUUGAUAUUAUUGAUGCUGUUUUGGUUGAUGAAGAAGCAGUUGGAUCAGUGGAUUAUUCAGGGUGUGGUGCAAAACUUCUCCGUGGUCAUGGUGCAUUCGAGCAAUUUCUUCAUGAGAUGGAGACCGAAAAGCCCAUGGUAGAGCAUGAACAAGGAAAAUCAGAGAUCCAGUCAAGAGCUGCGAGCAUCUGACAUCUUUAUUUAGUUGUUAUUUUGUAAAGGUGCGUACAGUUAUAGUGGUGGAAUAGCAAUGUUAAUGGAAAUAGGAGUAGAAUAGAAUAGAAUAGAAAAUGGAAUUAGAAACACAUACUGAUUGUUUUGUUUGCUUAGAGUUUGUGGAAUCAGUACUUGGACGGGAAUUAUGGAGUUUGGAUGAAUAUAGAAUGGAGUGGAAUUUAAUUGUA